AUGUCUCAAUCAUCCAAUUUAUAUGAUGAUGAUAGUAUCAAUCGUUCCUUAUCCCAAUCGUCACAUCCGUCGUCGCACGCCCGAAUACGCGACGUGAAGCGUGCAGCGUGUCUAACCCCAUAUGCACGGCAGAUGGGCGGCGUGUACGCGCACGGGCUGCAGUACCACGGCGGGUUCGCGCCGCCGCCGCGUGGCUUCGCGUCGCCGCCCCACCAGCACCAGCACCACGCCCACGCCCACACACACUACAUCAACUCGCAGCGGGCGGAGGGCGGUCGCCUAGAGAUGCUGGGCAGCGGGGAGGGCGCGCUGUCGCCGCUGCAGCCCGCGCCCGACCUGCACCACGCGCCGCUGCUGCUCGCCACUGAGGCGCGCGGCGCUCCGCUGGAGCUGAUGGCGCCGCACCACGCGCGGCACGCGCUCUCGCACCACCAUCACCCGCGGCGCAGCGGCGGCGGUGUGGGCGUGGGCGUGGGCGUGGUGGGCGCGGGCUCGCGCGCGGCGCGGCCCUACGUGCGCGCGGCGCCGCGCUGGGCCGCGCACCCGCACGCCGUGCACCACAUACACGCACAGGGCGGCGGCGGGCUGGUGCCGACGCUGCCGGCGCAGCUGCACGUGGCGCCGCCGCUGUCGCUGCCGCCGCCGCCGCCCACGUACCAGGUGUUCCUCAACCUGCUGGCGAUGUUCCCGCUGUCGCCGUACGCGGAGGCGCGCGACGACGCCGGCGACUCGCCCGAGACCGAGAACUACGAGGCGCUGCUGUCGCUGGCCGAGCGCCUCGGCGAGGCCAAGCCGCGCGGCCUCGCGCGCCACGAGAUAGACCUGCUGCCCUCCUACAAGUACAGCGAGCAGACGCACCAGGGCGAGCAGACGUCGUGCGUGGUGUGCAUGUGCGAGUUCGAGGCGCGGCAGACGCUGCGCGUGCUGCCCUGCGCGCACGAGUUCCACGCCAAGUGCGUCGACAAGUGGCUCAGGUCGAACCGGACGUGUCCCAUCUGUCGGGGGAACGCGUCCGAGUACUUCAACAACUCGGAG